GCUCAUUGUCAGCCGUAUACAAUUGUUAAACAAACAAAAACCCAAAUGGACACAUCCGUGCAAGUUUCACAUCACAUUCGUCAUCAAUGGUUGAAGAACGAGUUCAUUAUUUAUUCACACAAGAAAACAGCCCCAAAACUUUGACAUAUUUCGAGCAUUUAUUUCUUCAGAUCACUCAUAUCUGUCCUCCUCCUCAACUUCAGCAGAAGUUGCAGAGAAAUUAAAAAAAGAAAUUGAAACAGAUUUGAAAAUCGCGUAUUUUCACCCACACGCCACUGAUUUUGAAUUCCAACUCCAUACGUGUCUGUCUCCAUCUUUAUUUCUUCGCAUUUUGGCCGUUGCUGUAGUUGCAUCUACCCCUUCCAAUCCCUACCCACAUUCAAUUCCAGAUCCAUCUAUACACUAUAUAUACACACAUCCUGUUCAUAAUUGUUUUUCCUCAAGAAAACACAUUUUCACACACUAAAUCCAUCACCCCGGUAAAAAAAUAUGAGCAUUUCAGUGUCCAACUCCGCCGCCGUUUCUGGUGGCGCCACCGGUAGAAAUAGAUUCCCAGAUUACCUUCAAAAUGUGAAGCUUAAGUAUGUGAAACUUGGGUACCAUUACUUGAUGACCCACUUUUUAAAACUCUGUUUAGUCCCUUUAAUGGCCAUUCUGUUCGUUCAAGCUUCACAAAUGAACUAUGAAGAUGUAUACAAUCUUUAUCUCCAUCUCCAGUAUAAUCUUGCUCUCGUCAUUGUUUUUUGUACAGUAAUAGUAUUCGGAUUCACCGUCUACAUGCUGACUCGACCCCGACCCGUUUACCUUGUGGAUUACGCCUGUUAUCGUCCUCGUGAUCACCUUCAAGUCAAAUUCAAUCGGUUCAUGGAACACUCGAAACUGACAGGUGAUUUUGACGAAUCCUCUCUCGAGUUUCAGCGCAAAAUCUUGGAACGGUCCGGUCUUGGGGAAGAAACUUAUUUGCCAGAGGCAAUGCAUUGUAUUCCACCGCGGCCCUCCAUGGAGGCGGCGCGUGAGGAAGCUAAAGAGGUCAUGUUUGGCGCACUCGACAAUCUUUUCAAAUCCACCGGUGUAAAGCCUAAGGACAUUGGCAUUCUUGUAGUGAAUUGCAGCUUGUUCAAUCCAACCCCUUCACUUUCUGCAAUGAUCGUGAAUAACUACAAAUUACGAGGGAAUAUACGGAGCUUUAACUUAGGUGGCAUGGGCUGCAGUGCUGGAGUUAUCGCCAUUGAUCUUGCUAAAGACAUGCUUCAAGUUCAUAGAAAUACAUACGCAGUCAUUGUGAGUACUGAAAACAUUACGCAGAAUUGGUACUUCGGGAACAGGAAGUCAAUGCUAAUCCCCAAUUGCUUGUUCCGAGUAGGUGGAGCAGCAAUUUUGCUGUCAAACAAACAGUCAGAGAAGAAAAGGGCCAAAUUCAAGCUUGUUCAUGUUGUGAGAACACACAAAGGAGCAGAUGAUACAGCAUUCAAAUGUGUGUAUCAAGAACAAGACGAAAAGGGCAAAACUGGAGUCUCAUUAUCAAAAGAUUUGAUGGCAAUUGCAGGAAAUGCAUUAAAAGCAAACAUCACAACAUUAGGUCCACUUGUUCUUCCAAUCAGUGAACAGUUCCUCUUUUUUAUAACCCUAAUUGCACGAAAAUUCUUCAAUCCCAAAAUUAAACCCUACAUACCUGAUUUCAAACUUGCUUUUGAUCAUUUCUGCAUACACGCCGGCGGGCGGGGAGUGAUUGAUGAACUGGAGAAGAAUUUGCAGCUCGACCCAGUUCACGUGGAGGCUUCUCGAAUGACUCUGCACAGAUUUGGUAACACUUCAUCGAGUUCGAUUUGGUAUGAAUUGUCGUAUAUUGAGGCAAAACGGAGGAUCCGAAGAGGACAUCGGAUUUGGCAAAUUGCAUUUGGAAGUGGGUUUAAGUGUAAUAGUGCAGUUUGGCAAGCGAUGAAGAACUCGGAGCUUUCUCCAUGGAGUCCUUGGCAUGACUGCAUUGACAAAUAUCCAGUCCAGAUAGCCAACUGAAAUUGAGUAAAAUAUUAAGGAAGAAAGAAAGUCAAAUCUUGAUAUUAUAUUGCACGAUUAUGUUUAGUUGUGUUUGAAACGAACGAGAUUCAAUGGGGCACGAUACAUAUGAUUUUAGCUUUUUGUUUUAUACUAUUUGAUACUGUCGAGUCCAUAGAUGUUGGAACAUAUGUUGUAUUUUCGUUGUUAUCGAGGGUUGAUCUUAGAAAUAUUUACAGGAUUUUGUGUCUUGUAAUGCAAACUCUGCUUGACUGUGAAUCUAUAUUUGUAUCUAAUUGUGCC